UCUAGCACCUUUGGGGAAACACACUGACGUGUAAAAAGCUAUCCAAAGAUAAUGCAGGCUUUGAAAGCUGUUGCAAUUAUCUUCGUCUGUUUAGGCCUGCUGUUUCAGACACACUGUGCUUCACUGCACCCACAAGACUCGCAGCUAAUAAGGCAGAAGAGAAUGACACCUUUCUGGAGGGGGAUUUCGAGGCCAGUUGGAGCAUCCUGCAGAGAUAACAGUGAGUGCUCCACGAGACUGUGCAGGAACAAACACUGCUCCCUAAAAUCUUCACAGGAGUGAUUCUUUCCUAAGGAAAAGAAAACACUGCUGUUACCUUUGACAAUGCUCUU